CAGAACAACUUGUAGCUUUUCCUUUUACAUAUAGCCCAUCUUUCAUGUUUUAAUCUCUUAGUUUUGGUUUGGGUGAAGAUCUCUCACAGGAAAACAAGGCUUUGCUGAAGAAAGGUAACCUUGCCAUGUCACAUGCCUCAAAAUGUGAUUGUGCGAUAACAAUGAGGAAGAAAGAUGUUCAGAUACAAAAGAUGGAAAAGAAGAUGGCAAAGUUGAGAAAGCAGAGGGAUAUUGCUGAGUCCAGGCUUGAAGAUUUCAUGAGAAUGAUUGAACACCAUCAUCAGGCUUUAAAGUCUGGAACUCCCUACUUUGGCAACCACACAGACAAGUGGAAGGAUGAUGGUUCAGUAUCAGACACAUCAGGCGUGGUCAAUUUAUUAGACACAAGGAGUUUCAUAUCUGACGAUGAUGAUGAUGAUGAUGAUGAUAUCAAUGAAGAGCUGCCUAUGCGUUCACAAGAUCCAUCAGAUGAAUACUGUAGAGAAGUCCAGUGCAUUGAGAUUGAGGAAACAGCCACAGUCUUUAGGAAUAACAACCACGAAGACGAGAAAGAAGAAACUAAAAACGUUGUAGGCCACAGUGAGGAUCAUGCUAAUGAUGAAACGAGUGUAGUCCAAAACGUGAACCACAGAGAUACCAUGCAAGGGGCAGAAAGACAAGAGAUUGUGUUUCCUGAGUUAGAGUUGGGUUCUAGUGUGUUGAGGAGUGAUUCUAUGUCUUCUUCUUACGGGAGCAAUUCCACUGGCAUCCCAACGCCAUUGGGAGAAGAAGGAGGUAUCUCUACCUUCCAGACUUUCGUUGAUGGGCUUAAGGAGAUGUCUAAGCGUCAUCAAGAGGUCUCUAAUGCUGAGGCUUCUAGUAAAAUGGAAAGGGACCUUGGUGUGGACGGGGACUUUGAGAGAAAGCGGCAAGAGAUUCUGGAGCUAUGGCAAAGCUGUAACGUCUCUUUAGUGCGUCGAACAUACUUUCACUUGCUCUUGAAAGGAGAUGAGGCUGAUUCAGUCUACAUUGGAGUUGAGCUCAGAAGACUUUUGUUUAUUAAAGAUCGCUUCUCUCAGGGAAAACAAGCCUCGGAUGGAGGAGAAACCUUAACAUUGUCUUCAAGCCUGAAGGCGCUUCACAAGGAGAGAAAGAUGCUGAGCAAGCUUGUGAGGAAAAGGUUUUCAGAAGAAGAGAUGACAAGAAUCUAUCACAAGUUUGGGAUUGCGGUUAACUCCAAGCGCAGGCGUUUACAACUUGUGAACAAGCUGUGGAGCAAUCCCAAGGACAUGACUCAGGUUGCGGAAAGUGCAGAUGUUGUAUCCAAGCUUGUGAAGUUAACUGAACAAGGCAAAACCAUGAAGGAGAUGUUUGGUCUGGCUUCCACUCCUCCUCCUUUCUUGACAGCUCAGAAAGCGCAUGGUUGGAAAAAAAGCUUGCCUCCACUUUUCUAACCAUCUGUGUUUUUUUGGCACUGACAUUAUUAUACUCUUGUGUUUCUUGUAGCAGUGUGUAUGUCUUCUUCGUGUCCUUUCUUUUUCAUUUGUUUGUCUUUUGAUUUUGAAGGUGCCA